AUGGACACCUUCGAUAAACUGCCUGCCGAAAUCAUCCUCACGAUCCUGGCGCACUGUGAUGAUUUUAGCGGCCCCGUUAGCCUUCUCUCAGUCUCCCCACGCGUUCAUGCUGUCUUUCAGACCCGCCCUCGUGUAAUUGCACUCAGCCUCAUUGCAUCAAAUCCGAUCACGCAAAGACCGGUGGUUAACCAGCUCUGUCAGCAGAUUGCAUUGCUACAUCAGCCGUCAGUCCAUUGCUCGAGCUUUGAGGACUACAGAAGAACAUGUGAGGCCAUCACUGCACUACCUGAAACCCUAGACGUCGCAGAGCUUUUACAGAUAAUCAGAAUCGCUGCGCAUGUUGAACGGUUGACAUGUAUUUGUUUACGGACCAUGCACCAGGCAUUCAUCUCCGCUGUGGAAAAGCAUCCAGCAGGUGAAUCAUCGGGCUCUACCCGCGCGGAGAAAGCAAGAGAUCCCUUUUCCUGGGUCGAGCACUACCGCGUCUCCUCGGCUCUCUGGCACCUCCGACACUUCUCCACUCUCAAAAUGGCCGCCGAGCGCCGCUGGAACUGGCCCGCCGAGUCACUGAACGCUCUAAAUGCGUAUCUCGAGUGGAAUUACAUCAACCCGGUUCACGCCGAGCAGAUCUGGACUAUUUCCGCUGUCCUCGCCGAUCUGGGUCUUGUUCCCUCGCACCAGAUCCCGAGGGCUGCGCUCCCAAUCGGUCAUUCUGCGCCGCCAUGGCUGGGCCGUGACCUUCUAGAUGAGCAUACCCGAGAGCCGCCCCUGGCUAUAUGGCAUUAUCCCACGGAUGAGACGCGGCUCCCUUUCUUCGCCUCCUUCCACCUGCCCCAAGCAACAUCAGCCCAUUCCCACUCUUCCCUCUUCCCCCCUCCCCCAGUACCCGCUGAAACACCGGCCAGCACACAUUGGGGCCUGACAGCUGAAUCCAGCGAAAGCCGGUCUGCCCGAACUGGGCUGAUGAGGGUCUUCAGCCUCAGGAUGGCGCGUGCGCAGAAAAACUACGGAACAGGGGCCAUACGCCCAUUCCGGCGACUCGGGGUAACCAUCUGGGAUAAAUGGCGGAUUUACCAAGUCGGACUUCUUCGUGUGUUUUCCCGGGGCCGGGUACCGACGCCGGACGGAGGGUUCAUUGAGGCAGUUCCGCAGGAUGGGCCUCCACGCGUCGACUGGGUGGAGAUGCAUGGCAGGUGGGCGGCGUUGAUUCAGGGCUUCACCAUGGAUCCUUGA